GAAUUUAAACCUGAAAAACUUAAUUCAAAAGAACAAAUUAUUAGACUUGCCAAAGAAGAACAAUUAGAACAAGCAGUUCAACUAAUUUUAGAAUCAGAGAUAAAUUCUGAGUCUGAAACUACAUGGAAUGAAUUGAUUUUUGAAUGUGUCAAUAAAGGCAGAGUAAAAUUAGCUUUUCCUUUAGCAUUAGAUAUAUGGAAUAAAGUGUUUCCAAAAGCAAUUGAACAUCUUAAAAAACCGGGCGUUCGUACAGAGGAGGAUGCUAUUGAUGAUGAACUCGUUUGCGCUAUGCUUCUUGUCUUUAGAAACUCUGAUCAGAUUGACAGAGGAUUCCAAAUGCUUAAAGACGUUUAUGGAAUUGGGGACAAUGUGAUAAAAGCUCGACCUUAUAAUUUGCAAAUGACAUCAAAGUCAUUAGAUCUUAUGAUGGGAUUGUGUUUCAAAUCUCAAAAAAUCAAUUUAGGUAUUAAACUUUUUCACAAUGCAAAAGUUUUAUUCCCAAAUAUCCAGCUAGACAUUGAAAACUUUAAUAGUCUGAUUUCACUUUAUAAUAAGUCUGAACAAUAUGAUAAUGCCAUUGCUGCUUUUAAACAAGCUCUUGAUUUGGGUAUUGAACCGAAGUCAAUAACAUUUGAUUUACUCAUGGUAGCUUGUAGAAACUCACAAAAUUUAGAGUCAAUUAAAGAGAUUUUUGGCAUAAUUAUUAAACACAAAGUUGUCCCCAAAGCUACUGCACUAACGAAGAUACUUGAGAUGACACUUGAAUCGGACCCUAUUCGUAUGACAAAAGAAGUUCGAUGGAUAUUAAACAAGAUUGAUCAAAUUGGAUUGAAUAAUCCUAAGUCACUUGUAACCAUUGGUACAAAGCAAGGUGCUCCAAAACUACCAUUCGAAAUUGAUGACAAAGAUUUUCUGCGUACUAUAAUUAAUGCCUACGGAGUGGCUUUGGACAAAGCUGCGGGUAAAUUGCCUGAUCAUACUGAAGAACGUUGGACUAAUAAUUUGAGAUUUUAUAAAAGCAGACUAUGGGAUAUAAAUCAAAAAGAAGCUCAAAUAGAGAAGG